UCAGUCGCAGCUCGGCUGUCGGUGCGCGACGAUCGAGUCGCGUUCACUUGCUCGCGUUGGGCUCUGCACGCACACACGACAUGCACAUACACUCCCCCGCCACACACCCGCCCACACGCAUACACGUACCCAGACACAUGUAUAUAAAUACAUAACACGUUUCACGCGCUCACACGCAGGCCGCACGUACCCCGCAGUGUGUAGGACGUGUCCGCGUGAAGGUUUAUCCGAGCGAAGGCCAAAUUCGUACGCGUGCGGGGGUGACAAACCGUUAGCGUGAUUUCUGUACGUGCAGCAAGGGUGCACGUGAGCAAGAUAGAGAAGGGGAAAGGGUAAGAGAGAAAGAGAGAAAGAAAAAAGAGAAAGACGAGGAGAGAGACGAUUCGAAGAGGAGGCGGAACGAAUCGGGGGACCCAUGCGUCGCGCGAUAUAGCGGCGGCGGCGCGACACACGCGCGCGCGCGCGCGACAUAACACACACACGGACACGACCGGGCGAACCGAACGCGCUACUACGCCCAGUCAGUCAGUCGGACGUCGGCACGGGCCCGACGACACCCCGACGUUACUCCAGUGGCUGGUUACGCCACGGGGUUCCCACGGGUCCGUCUCGCGAAGAGGUCGACGCGGCACGCGGGGUGCUGAUCCGCGAGCGGGGCGGCAGGCAUCGGCGGCGACCGGGUUGUGCGACCCGGGCCCUCGAGCGACUCGUGACAGUGAAGUGAAGCACGCGUGAGAGGUGGCUGCGGGGAAGGAGGGACGAGGAAGACACCGGUUGGUUGGGUGGACGAGGAAAGAGCGAGAGAGUGAGAGAGAGAUAGAGAUAGAGAGAAGGAGAGGAGUCGGGAAGAAGGAAGAAAAGGGAGAAGGGAAGAGAUAAAGAGAAGGUAGGGGAGAAAGAAAGAGGGCUGCAGGACGGGUGGUCCUGACAGCGAGCGGUGACGAGAGAAGACCGACCGUCCUGAACGAGCGAGCAUUAAACCCCGGGGAAUAAUAGGGGCUCCGUACGUAAUUGGCACACUAGAACGAGCUUUUUGUCCGAAAGUAAAAGAAAACGAAAUAUGCGAUAGUAUAACACGCUCGCCGCGCGCGCUGGGCUUCUCUCGGGAGCUUUCCCUCGGUGUUGGAUAUAUCCUUUUGGUCCAACCCUUGGCUAAGGCUACCGCGGCGAUGAGCCAUAUCCCUCCACUCUGGCUCGCUCGAGAGUGCGUGAGUCUAGUCGGGGAGUAUCGUCGUGGUCGUCACUGACUAUCCUGGUAGACUCGUCUCCGUCGUCAUCAUCGUUAUCCUCGUCGUGUCCAGCGACAAGGAGUACUCUCACGCGCGUAUAUCUCGAGGUAGUCGCGGCUGCCGAUCUUCAGCCGGCCUCCUCCUCGCGGCGCGCCCCGGCCACGGGGGGCUGCAUCAAGACGUUGCUCGAGACACGACAGACGGCAGCGGAUGAUCACUGUCGUCGGCGAAAAUCAUCGCGAGAUAGCCUAGCGUCAUGAGAGCCUAGCGUUCGACACCGUGGGUCAUCGUGGGUCGUCAGCGUCGGGCGUGCGAGAAGAGACGGCGGCGCGCCGGCGGAAGCCCGGAUAGUAGGAGGAGGAGGCACCCGACAACAUGGCCGCCGCCUGCUACGAGAAGGAAGUGGUAGUAGGUGCCGCCAUUCACCACCGACAUGGGCACCACCACCAUCACCAUCACCAUCACCAUCAUCAUCACCAUCAUCACGCCAACGGAGUCGUUGCGCCGUCCGUCGGCGGUGUGACCGGCCAGACGGUGCUGCCGGCGACGUCCACCGGCCUCGACGAUGCUUCCGUUGUCGCCGCCGCGGCCGCUGCCGCCUCCGCCUCCACUUCCAACAACUCGUCAUCAUCGGUCAAUGCUGCCAAUGUCAAUGCCGUCAACGCCAGCUCGGUGACGACGAGCGCCGCGGCUACUGCGGCCGCUGCUGCAGCCGCCGCUGCCGCGGCUACCGCCACAGCCGCAGCCGCCGCCGUGGCGAUCAACAGCUACAAGGUGCAGGAGUACAAGGACUACUCGCAGCCGCUCCACGUGGACUGCAGCGUCGAGUACGAGCUGCCGAGCCAGGCGAAGCCGCCGCCCGGCGGCGGCGAGCCCCUCCUAAUGAUCCAUCCGUGCUACUAUCGACGCGCCGAACGCGAGAGGAGGAGCCCCUUUGUCAAUAAUCUGCCGCCCCCGGCGGCGCCGGCGACGGCGCCUAUGUCUGCCUCCCGCAGGAACGGUCGCAGGAAUGCCGCGACGGCGUCCGCGUCCGCCGGCGUCGCUGCCGUGACGGUCGCCACCGCAGCGGUUGCGGUCGCGACGACCUCCUCGACGGCGACUACGGUCGUGCCACCGUCGAGUAACAUCGUCGUUUCCUCCAAUGUCGUAUCUGCCUCCGUUGUGUCGCCGGCCAAAUCCAUCGCGUCGUCUUCGGUCGCUGCGGCGGUGGUGACUACUGCGGAUUCCGGUAGCGGCCUCAUAUCCACAAGCGGCCAGAUGUCCGGCGUCGCCAUGGCUGCCUCGUACCGUGCAGCGCUUAAUGUCGCAGCCACGUUAUCUCAGCAACAACAGCAGCAGCAGCAGUCUCAGCGGCGGCAUCAUCCUCAACAACAGCAGCAGCAGCAACAACAACAACAACAACCGACUCCUCAUCUUCAUCAUCAUCAUCACCACCUUCACCAUCAUAGAAAUAUCACUCAUCCUCAUUCUCAUCAUCAGCAACAGCAGCAGCAGCAGCAGCAGCAUCAUACCCAACAACAACCUCAACGAUCCGUGACACCAACGGCUUCCGGUACCGCCGAUCUCAUCUCCGCUGACGAGAAGGCAGUCAUAUCAGGUAUUUAUCAACAUUACUUCCGCGCCAUGCGCGCCCACAAUCAACAUCGCCAGCAGCAGCAGCAACAGCAGCAGCAACACCGUACCGCUACUACUCAUCAGCUCCAUCAUCAACCUCACCAAAGCGACCGAAGUUCCUCCUCUUUGUCGUCGGUCACGUCUCCGACGUCCGCGUCAAUCUCCGGUAUUCUACGACAGACUUAUCAGCAGGCGUACAGCAAUAUUACGGCCACGAGCUCGAGCUCGGGCAGCCAUCAUCGCGCCGGCACAUCAGCGGUCUCGGCGGUCGCCCAUCAUCCUUAUAGGCGACCGUCGGUGACGUUGCUAUCGCGAACGGCUUCGCAUAUCGGUCAGCAGGCCUCCUCUUCCUUGUCCUCCUCCUCCUCCUCGUCCUCGUCCAUCUUCGGUGCUUCCAACAGCGUGGCCGGUGUCUCCAGCGUGUACGCGAGCACGAUACACAGGCAUCACGCGACCUCCCUGCACGCCCUUCAGGCCGCUGCUGGCUUCUACGAGACGCCAAGUUAUCACGCUCUUCUGCCUCAAAGUUAGGCGACGGCCAUCCGGCCGUCCGGAUGUCCGGGCGGUUUCGCGGCGUUGGGUGUCUGUGCGUGAACAACAGUUGAGCUAUCGCGAAUCGAAGCAAACGCGCGUUGGAUCUCGAUCGCGUUCACUCGCGGUAAUCCUCGGAGUCUGCUCUGGAGUCUUCUUUCUCAAUUCUUUAUCGAAUUCUCGACGAAAGUAACGGGAACUUGAAGAAGAAGAUGAGAAGAAGUCGAGAUUUCGAAGACUCAGCUAAGAAUCAAGAAGAGGAUGAUAUCGAAUUUUUAAAAAGCCUUUCCUUGACGUCUCAAUACGCGCGUUUGCUGGUAAAGCGCAAUUCAUAAUAGCAUCGCGAACAACUUGUUGUCCAGUAAUCGCAUAACGACCGUCAAAUUUGACCUUGUUGCCGAUUAUUGUUUGCGCCGAGCAUCCCCAACAUUUUACUUGUAAAUUAUGUACAGAUUAUUAUUUUACGCAUAUAUAAUUUACGUAGACGAUGCGUAGUCGGUAUAGGCGACACCUAUUAUGGCUGUGUUCUGUCCUUUCCUUCUUUUUUCCGACAUUGUGUUUAAGCUUUUAAGGAGUCCUACAAUUUAUAGUUGCCUUGCAGUAUCGAUCAUUUCACAGCACUGUUUUUUCGUAUGAAUAGGACGAAGCUCGAUUGUUAAAACAGCAACGAACGUUACUGUUUUAACACUCACUUGCAGAUAUGUGUAAUUUAUAUAGUUCGUAGAGAUGGAUGCAGGACGAGAGAGAAUUCGCGCAAACGUCACAAGACAGUGCCCGCGGAAAGCAUGUGAUGUCUUUACGCGAAAUUGCAAAUGCAAACAGUUUAUAGAAACGAGAGGAUCGGGUCUUUCUGACUGAAAAUAAACUGCGAUGAAACAGCUCCCUCCCCGAUUAAACUCGAAGGAACGCUAAAGACUUGGGCGUACAAAGAGUCCUUUCGCGCGCGGUUGAUAAUCUGAAGUAGUUUCCCUCAGUCCCUCUUUUUCGACCCGAGCGAUUCUAACGCAGACUUUGAUGUAGAUUGUAGAUAAAUAAAUACCGUCGAUAUAUUGAGAAAAAA